GCGUGCAGCAAUGCGAAGUGUGGCCGAGGAAGAGACGAGAGAAGCGGGCGAUGUGACUUGUUUUGUCAGAGCAACAGCGUGCUAGCUACCAGAGUGUGUGCGCGCGCCAAGGAAAAGCCCGAUGUAGGGGCGGACAUGCGCGGGCUCAGGUGUCCCGGCGUCACGGCGGCGCUGCUCCUGCUCGCGCUCACCCAGCUCGGCGCAGCCCUUAAGUGUGUGUGUCAGCUUUGUGCGAAUCACACCUGUGAGACGGAGGCUGAGGGAGCGUGCUGGAAUUCAGUGAUGCUGAUCAAUGGGAAAGAAGAGGCUGUGAAGUCUUGCCUCUCUGCCAGUGAGCUGAAGGGCCAAGUGUUCUGCUACAGCUCAAAAAACGUCUCCAAACGCAACUGCUGCUUCACCGACUUCUGCAACAACGAGACCCUUCACCUUCAGCCAGGAGUAUCCUCUGAUGGCUCAGGUUGGGGCCGGCUGGAGUUGGCAGCUGUGAUCCUGGUGCCGUCGUGCCUGUUGUGUGUGGGUGUGGUCCUGGGUCUGUGUGCUCUUCAGAAUCAGCGGUGUGUGCACAGUAAAGCCCGGAAACAAGACCCAGAGGAACCGCUGGAUGACCAGAGCCUCGUCUCACCUGAGAAAUGCCUGAAAGAACUGAUAUAUGACAUGAGCACGUCAGGCUCAGGAUCAGGACUGCCGCUGCUGGUUCAGAGGACGAUAGCGCGAACCAUCGUGCUACAGGAGAGCAUUGGGAAGGGUCGUUUUGGAGAGGUGUGGAGAGGGAAGUGGCGGGGCGAGGACGUGGCUGUGAAGAUUUUCUCCUCUCGAGACGAGCGCUCGUGGUUCCGCGAGGCCGAAAUCUACCAGACCAUCAUGCUACGGCAUGAGAACAUCCUGGGAUUCAUCGCAGCUGAUAAUAAAGAUAAUGGUUCGUGGACUCAGCUGUGGCUGGUGUCGGAGUAUCAUGAGCAUGGCUCUCUGUUUGAUUACCUGAACAGGUAUACAGUGUCUGUGGAUGGUAUGAUUGUUCUGGCGCUGUCAAUCGCCAGCGGCCUGGCUCACCUACACAUGGAGAUCAUCGGCACUCAAGGGAAGCCAGCAAUCGCUCACAGAGAUAUGAAGUCCAAGAAUAUCCUGGUGAAGAAGAACGGCACGGCAGUGAUCGCUGACCUAGGGUUGGCCGUCAAACACGACUCUACCACCAACACCAUCGACAUCCCAGUCAACCACAGAGUUGGCACCAAGAGGUAUAUGGCUCCUGAGAUUCUGGAUGACACCAUUAACAUGAACAGCUUUGAGUCGUUUAAGCGGGCGGAUAUCUACUCUCUGGGGCUGGUGUUCUGGGAGCUGGCCCGGAGGUGCUCUGUUAGAGGGAUUCAUGAGGAUUUCCAGCUGCCUUAUUAUGACCUGGUGCCUUCAGACCCAUCGGUGGAGGAAAUGAGGAGAGUGGUGUGUGAUCUGAAACUGAGACCGAGCAUCCCCAACCAGUGGCAGAGCUGCGAGGCACUGCGGGUGAUGGGUAAAAUCAUGAGGGAGUGCUGGUAUGCCAACUCUGCUGCUCGCCUUACUGCGCUGCGUGUCAAGAAAACCAUCUCUCAGGUGACUGUCGUCAAGGAUGGUAAAGAGUAGCUGAGCCACACACACACUCUAUGUGCUCGAAGGCGCUGGUCUGAUGACCUCUGAGUGACCCCUCCAUCACUGAUUAGGGGACCACAUUCUAAAGACAUUUCGGAAUGCUCUGUCUGUGAUGCCAAAGAACCCUAGUGUCUAGCAGUGAGGACCUCCACAGUGAAGUGAUUAACUGCAAUGGGAUAUUGAGCUGAUCUGAGCAGAUUUGGUCUCUGACUCUUUUCAACGAUUGUGUAAAGGUGCAGGGGGUAUGACUCCGCACUUGUGAACGAGCACUUUUUCAGUCAUAGUCUGGCUGUUUUCCUAAACACUACCUCUUCCCCACUCCAGUUUAGCUCUCCUCAACAUUUGCUCUUCUCUCUUCACUCCUCUUCACCUGUCAUCGCCUCGUAUCUCAUUAUCCUGCUCUCCUCUGUUUUCUUCUCCUCUCAUCACUCCUCCAGUUGCUUUUUGUGUUGGCCCAGACUCUGCAGUACAUUGCGAAGAAAGUUUUUUUUUUUAUAUAACAUCCGUGGAAAAUGUUGCAUCAUCAGCUAGUUUCCCAUACAGAUUAAGUCUAGUCUUGCACUAAAUCAUAAUGCCAAUGGUGACUUACCAUUGAAAAUCCUUAUUAGUCCAGACUUAGGCCUAAUCUGGGUCUGGGAAACUGGCCCUAAGAGGUUGGGGCAUAAUACUGUGCACCAUUACUACAAUAUAUUUCAAUAACCUGACAACAAACAGGCCAAGUGCAUUAGCCAACUAAACUCUGGCCCAAUGUUAUGAAAAAGAGACAGCUGGAGCUUUUUUGCUGCACUUGUGUAUAGCCAUGCUGUAUCGUAAGCUAAGGAGAAGCUUGUUAGAUAUAUUUUUAAUGCAUCUCUCUAUUGAACAUUUAGUCAUUUCAGUGCAAAAAAUAAUUUCUUGGCAGGUGAAGACAUCUUAUAUGUAGUCAGUAUAUGUAAUAUUUCUCAUUAUGAGAUUGUUGUAAGCAUAUUAUAACAUUAUUCUACUUAUUUCUACAUUUUUUACUUGUUUAGAGCCAUUUUUUGCUGGUAAAGUGUCUAAAAAUAAGUUGAAUUGUCUUAUAAUUUUCACACGACAGUCUCAAAUUUGUGAAAUAUUAGAUACAACAGUUGUAAAUAAGGCAAUUUAAUUUGCCAAGAUAUUUCUGCAGUCAAGGUGGACAUUUUGCAUGUGAAUGUACUGUUUAGCUCAUGCCAUUGGCUGUAGCAUUGUAAUUUUCAGUGGUGUUGUCUCUGACCACAGCAGGCCUGGGUGUUGUUUGGUGGGUGGUGGGUGGCUUUCAAAAAGUACUUUCAGAAGAAGUGCUGCUCUGAUUUCAUGAUAACAUCCUGUUUUUUUCAAUCUCUUAAUACUGCUUAACUGUAAAAACACUGCUCCCUGCACCUUUCAGAAUGCGAAGAUGGACUGCUACCUCAAGUGUUUCUUUAAGUGCCAAAUGCUUUGAGUUGCACAUAUGCUUGUGCCAUAAAUGUUGAUAUUAUGCAUAUAUACUGUAUUCUGUAUGUGUAUGUGAAUUAUUAUUGUUACUGAGCAAGACACUCAUGAGUUUGCCUGAUUGAUUAGGAAUCAGUCAGCCAGUCAAUCAAAUAAUUAAUUCAUUGGCCAAUCAACCAACCAACUAAUUGAAAUGCCGUUUAUUACUAGCAUCCUCUUCCUAUUUUUGUAAAGCCCUUUUAAGCAUACAUAAAGGACCAAGAUAUCAGAAUGUGUUUUAUAUAUUCUUUGAUACUGAAACAUGUAUUGCUUCUCAGUUUGAUUUAAAACAGCUUUCUCCUGAUUUGCUCAAGGAAAUGAGAUCUUUUAAGCAACGCUUUGAGCUUAGCACAUGUUGUGCUUUCCUUAGCAAAAAAUUAUGUAGAGAUGUGUUAUUUUCUAGAUGUAUCAAUUUCGGAACCCAUCAUUUCAGCACUAUCACUUUCAGUUGCACUGCACAGAGAUUUCCUUGUGCGAGCGUGACUUCCUGUAAGGCAAUGUUAUUUUUGAAUGUGAAAAAAAGAAAAGAAAAAAAACGAACAGCUUUUGCUUUAAGAGACAGAUGCACUGGACAUACCCAGCAAGAUAUAUAUUCCUUUGUAUCAAGUGCAAUAUCAAAUACAAAAGCACAACUGCCAUUUGACGUCUGAAGCCUUUUAAAUGAGAUUCUAAAGCUUAAGAAUGCCAGUGUGGGGAAAAAAAAGAGAAAUGUGAAAAUGUCCUAUGUGAAUGCUCUUUAUCUGUGUUUUCUUUGGAAUGUCCUUGCAUUGCACUACAGAGCAGCAUCAAGCUGCCAAAGAAGCUUCAAAACUACUAAUCUAAGAAAAAAGAAAAAAGAAAAUCUAAUAUUAUGAGCAUAGAGUCCAAAUCCUGGACCAAAAUAGGCCUUUCUGUGGAGAAUCUCAUAAAACACAUCACACAACAAGGCAAGAGAGAGAGAGAGAGUCUGUCUUGAUAUCAAUUGCAAAUUUUUAAAACUGCACAUUGCAACUUAUAGAUCAUACCUGAGCAUCCAGCACUCAUUGUCUUGUUGAUGGUUGGCCCACAAGAUUUGGGUAAUCUGUUCUGUCUUGGGUAAUUAAAGGAAUUGUUCAGUUCUUGCUUGUUUAGUUUUGCACUAGAGCUGAGUUGGAUGUAACUAACAAAUAAUGGGAGCUUAUACCUCAUUAUAUUAGCAUUGUGCAAACAGAAAUGCCCAAAUCAGCACUCACUUGCCUUAAACCACAGUGGGAUGUUAAGUAAUCUCAAAUAGACUUGCAUUUCUGACACCUGUAUGACAAUAUAUACAUAUAUAUAUAUAUAUAUAUGAAGGUCUGGGGGAUUGGCCAUUGCUGUAGGUAAUGUGAGUAAGAUGCAGCAUACUGCAAAUCUGUGGUCUCACUAUGGUUACUUUGAGUUUCAGCUCUCAGUUUAACCCUUAGAAGUGUAUGGAGUUAUCACUGUAGGUUUUUCAAUGUUUCAUUACAUAUGUAUGCAAUUAAUUACACUUUUAACAACUGCCUGACAAAAAUGUUUUCUCUUGCACACACCAUAAUAGUUUUUCAUCAAAUUCAAGUCAUAAUAGAAAUUGAGAAUUGUACUAAUUCUUGCUUUUUUGCAAUAGCAAAAACAAUGACUUCUGUAGGUUAAAGCAAACAGAUAAUGUUACACUAACAAAUUGUGCCAAAUCAUUUCAUUAUUGGGUAACACUUUAUGGCAGUGUUCAAAAACCUACAUGACACCUGCAUAAGCCCUUCAUGACAACUGACAUAAACCUACAGAAACAUUUCUAAAUGCUUAUUCCAAUAGGUGUCAUGUGCCAUUCAUACAUUUAGCAACUUUGAUAUCAAGUUUGCGUAACAUCUGUUUCAGGUGUUAUUUUCAUUAUUUUGAUAUUAGGUCAUGACACUUUCUGGGGUAUAAUGAUGUAGACUUUGUAGCAUAGUGUAUAUCACAUUGUCAUAAUGCUGAUAAUAUGACAGCUUACCAUGUCAGGCUGGAUAAAACAAGUCAGCAUUUGCUGCAGCCCUUGGGGAAAGUGAGAUUGCCAUUUGUAAGAUUUAAGCUGUCACAUUAUUAGCAUUUUAUUACAAAGCUACAAAGUUCAUUGUUAUGAUAUGUUAUGUCAUUUCACCCAAUUAAGAGACGCUUAUUAGUCCCACAACGGGUAAAUUUCACCUCUGCAAUUUAACUCAUCCAUUUAUUAAAACACCUACAUACACACUAGUGAAGACACACACUAGGGGGCAGUGAGCACAAUUGCCCGAAGCAGUGGGCAGGCCUAUCCGCAGCGCCUGGAGAGCAGUUGGGGUUCAGGUGCCUUGCUCAAGGGCACCUCAGUCACAUAAUGUCGGCUCAGAGGAUCAAACCUUCCAGCCUUUAUAAAUGUUUAGAUAGGUGUCAUGUAGCUGUAUGAGCACUGCCCUACAGUAAAGUGUUACAGAUUAUUAGUUUUCUGGACACUGAUUGAGUACAGUAGCUUGGUGAGUUCUGUAGGUCAAAGAUAGGCAAAACUUUGGAGACUGUUUUGCUCUAGGCCUAUUUUGUUUAGGCCUAGUAGUCAUUCACUGCUCUUCUACACUGUGCAGCAGUGUUUACUUUCAGAUCAGAGAGACACUUAAGCAGCAUUUGCAUCACUUUGCUAGAGGUAGUGUUCUAUAAGCAUGGUUAACAGAGCAUGGGUGUGCUGUCUGCAAAUGGCAUCCUCUGCUAGAUGUCUGACAUCCGCAUGCAAAUUCAAUCCGAGGCAGAAAGACGUCAUAAUUCUACUUUUUUUGCCUGUUGGGUGGGGGAGAAGAUGUCUAAAUAGUUUUUUUUCUUGUGUCUCAGCCCUGAGGUAAAAGUAUGUAAAUGUCAUAUUUUGCUGUUCCGUUACAUGUUCAGGAUCUCUGACAGGCAUCUGCCUGUAAGGCUGCUUGAAAAUUGCAAUGCUUGUGUGCGCGUGUUUAACUGUUUUACUCCUCUGAAAUCGUCACUCAUUCCAAAGAAAAGUCUGUACCAUUGACCGUCGAGGCACGGGGCUUUGCUCAUGUCGUGUGAGGCAGUUUUCGUUCCUCUCUGAGAAUGUACUGUGACUCUCUUGCUUUAUAUGAGAGGACUUUGAGGGUGGAAUUCAUACUCCUUUUUAUGUUUCGACUUCAAAUCAUGAGUGUCUUUUAGAUCAUGAGUGUCACAUAGUAUUGUAUUGUACUGUACUGUCUGUACUGGACUAUUUAUUGUAUUCAUAUAUAAACUGUGAGACAAUAAACUAUUUUUCAUGAUACA